AUGUGGCCAAGAUUGGUAGCUAACAAGAUCCUUAGAAAAAGAUUGGGGAGCAACAACUUUGUCGCAGAUUUUCCAAGCAACAAAGAAGUUAACUUGCUGGAGAUUCCAAACUUGGUUCGACCAUCUUUGAGCGCUGACAGAAUCUACGAUCAUCAGAAGGACACACACAACUACAAGGUUUUCGUUAGCACGUGGAAUGUUGGUGGGAUUGCACCAAGUGAAGAUUUAGAUAUGGCGGAUUGGCUAGACACUCCAAAAAUCUGUGACAUAUAUGUUCUUGGGUUUCAAGAGAUUGUGCCGCUUAGAGCAUCGAAUGUUCUUGGUUAUGAGAAUAGCAAGAUUUCCAUGAAAUGGAAUUCCUUGAUUCGACAAGCAUUGAACAAGAAGAUUCAAUGCUGCAGUGGAGACGACAAUGAUCUGCUGAUUAAUAUUGAGAAAAGAAAAAAUUUACUUCCUCCUAUUAAAGAUGAAAGGACAAUCGAAAGCAGCAAUAUUCCUCAAGACUUCCGCUGCGUUGUUAGCAAGCAAAUGGUUGGAGUAUUAAUAUCAGUUUGGGUUCGAAGUGAUCUUCGUCCUUAUAUCCGGCAUCCUAGUGUCUCUUGUGUUGGCUGUGGCAUCAUGGGUUGCCUUGGGAAUAAGGGUUCUGUGUCAGUUAGAUUUCGUUUACAUGAAACAAGCUUCUGUUUCGUCUGCAGUCAUCUAGCAUCAGGGGGUAAAGAAGGGGAUGAAAAGCAUAGAAACUCAGAUGUAGCCGAAAUCCUGUCGCGAACCAGCUUCCCUAGAGGCCCUUCACUUGAUUUACCAAGAAAGAUUCUAGAUCACGACCGUGUGAUUUUGCUUGGAGAUUUGAAUUACAGAAUUUCACUACCAGAAGAAACGACUCGAUUAUUGGUGAAUAGAAAAGAAUGGAAUGCCUUAUUAGAAAAUGAUCAGCUGAGGAUGGAGCUCAUGACUGGUCAAGCAUUUGAAGGUUGGCAUGAAGGAAUAAUCAAAUUUGCUCCCACUUACAAAUAUUGCCCUAAUUCUAAUGUAUACUUUGGAUGCCUCGAAGGCAAGAAAAGUGAAAAAUGUCGAGCUCCAGCAUGGUGCGACCGGAUUAUUUGGUACGGAGAAGGAUUAAAGCAACAUUUAUAUGGUAGAGGUGAGGCAAAAUUGUCUGAUCAUAGACCAGUUAAGGCAAUAUUUUCUGCAGAAGUUGAGGUUCUACAAACAUUGAAAGGACUUCAAAACUUCUUCCUAUCCGAGAGAUUUGAUCAAAUAACAAACAAGUUUGACAUGCCGUCUUCCCUCAAAUUUCUAUGUAAUGGCAGAUUAAGCUUAAGGAUUUAAAGACA